AUGUCUCUUUUCGAGCGAGCUUUUUCCUUCUUAAACUGCACUCGUUGUGGAAAGCUGUUCGGCUACAACGAGAAGGUGCUCUCCUGUGAGAAUCGGUGGAAUCGCAACUGCUUCGAUUAUGAGGCCGUUUGUGGAAAGUGCAUGCACGAUCACGCCGCAUCGAUCCACGUCACGGACAAGCAGCGCUACAUCACCGAAUUCGUUGCUCGUCGUCACGACAUUGAGGAAAAGAUUCGUGAUUUCAUCAACAAGAUGAAGACGAAGUUCUUUGAUGGAACGAUUGAUUGUGUGAUGCCCGAAGCCGAGACAAGCAAGGCCGAACCGAGCAAGGCUGAGACAAGCAAGGCCGAGAGAAGCAAGGCCGAACCUGUGGUUGUUCCAAGCGAGGUCGCGGCAUCUGCUCAUGACGAGGAGGAGGACAAUGACGAAUCAAAUACGGACGAGGAGGAGGACGAUGAUGAUGAAAGCACUUACUGUGCAGAAACUCAAUCUUACUCGGGACCGUUGAGCUACUUGGAAAAGGUGAAGCCAUGGAUUGCCGCCGACAAAGCCCGCUCUCUUCCCGAUGAUGAGAUUCGCGAGGACUUCGAUGAUGACUUUGCUGAGGUUGUUGAGAGGAAGAAAGCCGAACUGCUGCAGCUUCGUUCAUUUAAUGACGUCACCAGCUCUUCGGGGCUGAAGAUUGCUCAGCCAGAGUCUACUUUUGGGACUUCCACCACAAGUGUUGCAAUCGGUUCC